ACAUUAUCCCACAGGACUCCCAUCAACUAUCUACUGGUGAACCUGGCAACAGCAGACAUCUGCUACGCCACAUUCAUAAUCCCGACGAUUAUCUUGAGCCACAACGUCGGCCAUCCAAAGGGGAUUUUUGGAACAUUUCUGUGUGCAGUUAUAACCGGGGGAAGUUUCGGGGGAAGUUUCGCGUGGAUUGGAGGACUUGCGUCAAUGUUUACACUGCUUGUCAUUGCGUUUGAACGAUACUUUGCCGUAGUACAUCCCUAUGGAAACAGAGGAAAGCUAACUUUGCAGAGAUUGAAGGUUUGAUACUUUGAAAUACUAUGUGGCAUUAUCAGCAAAUUAUAUUCCUGUACGAACUUAGAUCAGUUUCCACGAUGACAGCUCUCUCUCCCGAAGAGGCUACCGUUAAGUAUUCCAGUAAAAAUAGAAAUAAUCGAAAAGUAGCAAGCGCGCAGGGGACGAUGGGAAGAGAGAAAACGCGGGAGGCCUUGCUUCCGCUUCCUUUCGUCCUUUCAUUUUCCCUAACCCCAGCCUCCCCUCCAUACGACACAAAGAGGACUCUGCGGAGGAGAGAGCGACGACAGAGUCGGCUUCUUGGUCUGUGAUUCACCUUUCUCAAUUCUUUUAUGUCUCCUUAGGUGAUUAUUCCUGGAAUCUGGAUCCUUGCACUAAUAGUUAACAUUCCAAUAUUUAUGAAGCGGAGCCGCUUUGUUGAAGAGGAUAGUUCCACCCCUUGCAUUUUUUUGUUGUCCAAAGAAAGCAUAAGAAAAUACCGCACGGUUUUUCUCUCAAUCUAUUGCCUCGUCAUGAUCCUGCUGGUCUUGAUCUACUCCAGAAUUGUGUACACAUUGUGGUUCAAGCAAAGUGGUAAUGCCGUACUCACAAAUCAGGUAGGACCCUUCGCUUUAUGCAAGGUAAUAUCAAGACAGUCUUGGAUUCUGGAUUCUGGAUUCCAGGUACUGAACUCCGGAUUCCAAUCAGUAGUGGGAUUCCGUAUUCCUUGAGCUGGAUUGACUCUAAAGCCCAAGUAAACAAAUUCCACAAGCAAAAAAAUUUCCUGGAUUUCAGAAUCUGUAUUCCCUUACAUGGGGCCAAAACCCUUAUCAGGACAAAUUAUUCGUCUGAGGACUACUCAUAAUAGUUUUAUAUGGAGAAAGUUCCGCUCCGAGGUCCAACCCUUCACCCUCUGACAGAAAAGGUACCCCUUUCGUAUACCCUCCAUUGAAAAAUAUAACCCCUCUAAAAUACCUAAUAAGAAUAAAUUACUGAAACUGGCCUAUUUUACUCAAUGGCGAGCUUGACUGGAUAGUUCUGAGACCAGCGAAUAAAAUCUAAAGUGAGACGCGCCUGUUAACGUCUGGUGUUAAAAUAAAGAGUUUAAGUUGGCUGAAGGUCGGACGCCGAGCCGUUACGUCCUACGCGUACUCAGUUAUCAGCUCAAUUUUUGGAAAAUUGACGGGUACCGGUUUCUACCCAUAACCAAGUUAUCAAUGAAAUUCUUUGGAUCUCAGAUACAGUUUUUUCUUAACUAACGCGAGAGUUGAAAAUGGUUUGUUCUUAUGUUGGUGUUUGGGUUGGCCAAAUUGGCCUGGUAAGGGACGUUAGGUUCUGUCUGUUUAUCUACGUUUAGUGGAUUCGCAAAAAAAUAAAUAAACAAAUAAAUAUCAGCUGUGUGAUCAGUCAUCCUCGGAGACCUAGGGGCAGUCAGUCGGCUCGGAAGAAAGGCACAACGAAAGUUUUCAAGAGUUAGCAGUUCAGACCUCUCAGUCAUAAUACAUACGUUAACAAGACCAAAAAGGUCAUUUAUUCUUAUGUAUUCUAAACGACACUGCUCAUAUCAAAGAUCAGCCUUAAAUCUUCAGUCUUCAGAUUACUUCUGAUUUAACCCUUAUGGGUAGCAACUCUUUUUUUUCGGCACAAGUUACAUUACUAACUUUGUUUAUUCACUGUUUUCUCAACCAAUCGCGUGAGAUCUUCCGAGAGCUGCAAGGUCGCACAGCUAUAUUGUAAGCUUGGGUGACCUGUGGCUUAUCAAUCGUUUUGUACACAGGGUGUAUUGAGGUUGAGGAAGCGAGUGACCUUGAUGGUUGUAACCGUGAGCGCCAUUCUUGUAAUAUCUUGGGGAGCAGAUGCGAUACUCCAUCUGUUAGACGAACAUGCUGCUGACUCCGUGAAACUGAGUCCUUUAGCUAUUCCUAUCGCGCACACGAUGCUGUUGUUCAACUCAGCUAUCAAUCCAUUUGCGUACGCUCUGCUGAACCAAAGAUUCAGGAAAAAGAUGAGGCAGAUGAUACGAUCACGUUCCUUUGCAACAAGGAUUGGUGCUAUGUUCAUGAGACGGGGUGAAUCACAGGACAACGACACUGGUCACACCACUGGAAGCAUUCAAAUGACACAGCAAGACCAACUGCGUGAAAGGGCGGCGACAAUUUCCCGGGAAAAUGUAUUAUGA